GAAAAUAUCCAGCCACCACCCACAUCGUCAACCAUUCCAGCCAUAACUUGUUUGGUGCGCUGCGACAAGCUGCUAUCUUCUCUCAAUUGAAUGCACAUUAAUAGGCAAUGCUCUGAGCCCCGGUUGACUAUCAUUUACUUUGCGUCGCAGUCGCCAUCAUGACAAGCUCGUUCGCGACACCAAUAGUGCGCCAGAGAGAUGAUGGACUGCAGCUCAGCUACUCUCUGCCUCAUCGCGUCUUCACUGCCAAACCCUACCCUCUGCUCGCACCAAACGGCUCGACAAUUAUCGUCUACGGCCACGAUGACGGAAUACGAAUAAUUUGGAGAGGUGGUCAACCAUUCCUCCCCUCCCCUAUAGAGAAGAAACAAGAAGCUUCUGUUACCACGAGAAAGCCAAAUAAUGUGCAGAAUAUUGACGAGUCUAUCAUGAUCAUUGAUUCGGACGAUGAGGAGCCUGCACCAGCAACUUCACAUACCCAUGAAGCGCCACAAGUGGACAUUUUUGAAGACGAAGAAACCGAGAUUGACCCGUCUCAUCCAUAUGAACCUAUUAUUUAUCAUGUGGAUAUACCUCUAGGUUCAAAAGCUCUCCAACUAGCCGUGCCGUCUGUCCUCCCCGAGAAAGCACGCUCGUUGGGAUACACAGUACCUCCAAUUCUCACCAAGCUGAUUGUUGUCUCUGUGAUCUGUGCAGACUCUAAGCUAAGGGUUAUUACUUUCCCACUCGCCCCUCCACAUCCAAAAACCGCAAAACUAGGGCCCAAGCCGCAAACAAUAACGCUGGACGCCACCGUAUCUCAUAAUGAAAUUCCCAACGGGGCGUCGAUGACAUUCACGUGUGGAAAAGACGAGAAGGAGUCGACAAGACAUACCCGAUCACGACCGGGAUCUUCCCAGCCUGUCGAUACGAACUGGGACCUAUUAGUAGCCACUCAUACCGCGGAAGCUUCUGGCACAUUGCUUGUCUACAGCAUCCCUAUCAGGCGAGACACAGAAGACCUUUAUACGAUAGCUAUUAGCGACAUACGACCUAUACAAACACACCACUUGCCGUCUCCUGCAAAAGCAAUUUCAUUCAACCCUUCUCCAUACCCUUCAGCUCGUCAUUCUCAUCUAUUGGUCUCUUUUUCCGAUGGAUAUGUGAAGAUUUUGGAAUGUCUAGAAGCUUCUAAAGGUACCCGAAACCAGAAUGAAGAUGAGAGGCUAGGGCCGAGUGGGAAAUGGCUUUUGACGUUGUAUGUUGGAUUUGAAUCCGCCGCAAAUGUGCUUGGGCGUAGGAAAACGAUUGUUGACGCCGCAUGGGCGCUCUUUGGAAAAGCUAUCAUAGUACUACUCGCUGAUGGCGAAUGGGGUGUCUGGGAUGUCGAAGGUGCCGGACCAGGCUCUGAACCAGGGCCCCUGGUCGGCCAAACGAGUGUCCGCGGUGUCACUGGAGGCUCAUUGACGGCAUUCUCGAUCAGCGGUCGCAUUGUAGGUAGUCCGCAAGCAAGUAAAUCUCAGAGCACCAGCAAUAGUGUUUCGGAACAAAGAUCCAAAUUUGCUCCGAUGACACCGUCAACGAGACGUAUUCGUGAAGAUACCUUGUUUCGAGGGGCUCAAACCCCGACACCACCGUCCUUACAUGGCGAGAUCGCCAUUAUUCAAACCAAUUCAUGGCGUGCCACACUUGCGGAGGAAGCGGUCUUAAUACGACAUGGAGAACAAAUUGCGAUCAUACCAAGCCUACUGUCUCUCUGGCGGAGUGCUGCCAAAGCCUCUGGAACAUUUGACGCAUCCAUCCGCUCUAGAGUAUCGACAUUGGGGAACGUGAAUUUCUUGGGUGAGAGGCUGACUGGGGUCGCUCACCUUCCCUCUGCGGUACGCACUGGUCGUAAUAAGGAUCAGCAAGAAUAUGAAAUUUUCAUUACCGCCGAGCACCGUUUCAUUAUUCUGGCUCCAAAGCUUGCCGAAUCGACACCUCACGCAGGGGAACACUAACCACGAUGGCUUGUUCAUGCUUUCAUUUCUAUAACCAGGAAGUACCAAGGAAUAGAAGAGCUACCAGUGUGACAGAUGGCGGAAUCAUUUAAUCGUGUUUACUCUGUGUGAGUAUAUUGAUUGCACUGAAUCUGUGGAAUAGACGUAUCAUGCAGGAAUGUCAUGUUUCAGCAAAUAAUACUCAUGAUUUUGUAUACUAAUACGGUGUGUUUGUAAUUCAUGUAUGCUUUGACUUUGCACCUAUGAUUUGGAGAAAAUCCAUGAUUAUUUAUACUGCAAACAGCUUGCAUAUCUACGUCUAUGCUAUGGGAACGCUAUGGUUUUAAUGAAGUUAUGAUGAACGGGGAGGCUUAUAUUAUUACGAUAGUCCGAGAACGCAGACCAAAUUUACUUGCUCAAUUUCAUACCUCGCCUAGGCUGCAACUCUUAGAUAC